AAGAAGCAAGGGCAAAAGUGUCGAGUGGGGAGCGAGCAAGUGGGCGAACGGACCAGGCCGCUGUUCCAUUGUUGUCUGGCGAGGCGACCCAAGGAGCGCUACACGGGAGGAGGGCUGCCCAGGCUGGUACCGAGGUGCCAUAGGCACCGAUUAUGCCAUUUAUUGGGCGCGACAAAGAGGAGGCGAGGGGGGCACGCCUGUAUUGGGCGAGCAAACCAAGAAAGAGGUCUUGAGCGAGCGGUUAAAGAAGUCAAGCAAGCUUGUCGUUGUGUUGGGCGAGCCUGCUACAACACUAAGUGCCCAUGCAGACGAGAGAGAUCAGGUGAGGGAGGAGCAAAUAGGGUGCGCUAGGGAUUUUGGGUGUGCUUGGACUGCUGGGUGCACAUCCCAAGCGUUGGGCGCCGUGAACCAGGUGUUGGGCACCACGUCCAAGGCAUUGGGUACCGAGGCCAGGACAGCCCAAUCGCUGGGUGUUGUGGUCGAGGCAGGCGAGAUGCUACUUGCGAGCACUUUCAAUAAUGAUAUUCCCGGGGCUGAUGAACUGGUUCCUUCAAGUGGAACUCUUCAAAGUCAGAUUCCCUAA